AUGGCCGCCCCGCGCGUCUCGCGAGACUUCCGCCUCUCGCGAGAGCGGAGGCGAUCCCGCUCCCGGAUCUCGCGAGACUUCCGCGGCGCCACGGAGGUCGCGGCGGCCAUUUUGUGCCUCGGCGGCGUCCCGCGCAUGCUGGCGGCUGGAAUCAUGGCGGCGCUGGGGCUUCUAGUGGGGCUGGUGGCGGCGGCGGCGCUCGGAGCGGCGGCAGAGCCCUGCCCCGAACCCACCAUCGCGCCCUCCUACUACACGACGUCGGACGCCGUCAUCGCGGCCGAGAGCGUCUUCGUGGUGGAGAUCUCGCUGGCCUGCCGCAACGGCGCCCAGAACGUGGCCCUUUACGCCGACGUCAACGGGAAGCAGUUCCCGGUGACGCGGGGCCAGGACGUGGGGCGCUACCAGGUCUCCUGGAGCCUGGAGCACCGCAGUGCCCAGUCGGGCACCUACGAGGUCAAGUUCUUCGACGAGGAAUCCUACAGCGCCCUGCGCAAGGCCCAGCGCAAUAACGAGGACGUGUCGCGGAUCCGGCCGCUCUUCACUGUCAACGUGGAUCAUCGGGGCGCCUGGAGGGGCCCCUGGGUGUCGUCGGAGGUGGUGGCGGCGGCCGUGGGGCUGCUGCUCUAUUACCUGGCGCUGAGCACCAAGAGCAGCAUCCAGGCCUGAAAACACC